CAUGUUACAUUCUAAGGAGGGAAGUAAGAAUUAUGGCAGUUCAUCACAAAGCCCCGCCUCCACUUUUUCUGUAUAUUAAAGACUGAAAGGCAGAGGGCUUGAUACUGCAGAGUGAGAAGAUUGACGCAAAAAUGAUUAGGUACCUAAGAAGCGUGGAGGAAUUGCAAUAUGCACUGCGAGAUGCUGGUCAGAAACUUGUGUUGGUCAACUUUUCUUCACACAAGUGUGGCCAGUGUACAAUAGUUGCCCCGGAAUAUGAAAAACUAUGUACUGAAUAUCCUGAUAUUUUGCUGUACAAGGUUUUGGAUGAUGCACCAAAACUGUGUCAACACUGUGAAAUUACUUCCACCCCAACGUUCGUUUUCUACAAAGAUCGGCUAAAGAUCAAGCAGUUCAGUGGUGCUGAUAUAGUGCAACUAAGGGAAACCAUCAGGAAGCUAUACUGAAUCACCAAUGCUUGCAAAACUGAUUCCAAAGAUAACAAAUGCUUCUUUUUCUCUUAAUCUCAAAAAAUUCUAAAAAAUUCUAAAAAAAAUAAAUGCAUGCCUGAAAUCAA